AUGGAACCUCUCCUCCGCAAACUGUCCCCGCUGCUGGUACACCGCUGCCCGCAACUUCGACAGCGGACCCGGCCAUUUCGGCCGCCGCCCCGCCACAGCUGCGACUUCCUCCUUUUUGGCGACAGAACCCUCGGUCGUGGUUCCGGCAAGUUGAGGCACAAUUUACGCUUCGGCACAUACAGAGCCAACGGGUCAAAGUACUUCCACCUCCUUGCAGGCCUUCCUCCGGAAAUUGCGGCCGAGCUGGAUGAUGUCCUCGCCACAGUCUCGCUUACUGAGGCCUACGACGUUCUUAAGAGCGCCAUUUUGGAUCGCCUGGAAGUUUCCGAACGUGCCCGGUUUCAGCAGCUACUUUCUGAAGAAGACCUUGGUGACCGUAAACCAUCACAGCUGCUGCACCGAAUGAAGCAGCUGAUCAGAGAUUCCGCCAGUCAGAGCCAGCAGCCGCUCUUGCGGGAAUUAUUUCUUCAGCGUUUGCCGCAGGCAAUGCGCAUGGUUCUGGCAGGAUCCGAAGACCUCAGCCUUGACAAGCUUGCUGCUUUGGCAGAUCGGAUCGCAGACUAUUCUGCGCCUGGGCAUCCGCCGGUGCUGGCAGCGGCAACACCAGCUCAGCCUUCACGCUUAGAUCGCAUAGAAGAGAAGCUUCAAGAGCUAACGGACGCGUUCCACUCACUAUCUGCAAGUCGCUCAAGACGUCAUCGCCGCUCCACUUCCCGACCUCCACCGGCCCGUGGCCAAUCGUCCACCCCUCCGCCUCUGCCGUCAGAAGAUACUCGUUCCCGUGCCAUCCUUUUUUGGUACCACCACCGUUUCCGACAUCGAGCCCAGCGCUGCAUUUCGCCCUGUGCCUGGCAGGGAAACGCGCGGGCUGAUCACUGA